AAGGAGUCGACGGACGUCGGCCUCCCCUUCAGUGACCUCGUGUUCAAAGCGGAGGACAAGUCAGUGGCCGUCACUUCGCAGUACAGGACACAACUCGAUGUCGGGAGGAUUGUGUGGAAGCGACCGAAAGAGUUGGUCGAUUUGCCGAACCUGUUGUACGCCGAGAAGUUGGGUCCGGCCGCUGACGUCGAGUUUGUCGGCAACGGACCCAACAAGUGGUUUAUCGCCGCCUCUCUGGCCGUCGCCACCCAUAAGAGCGUCUUAUUUAAGGUGAUUCCUAAGAGUGAGGGACACUUCUUGAGAGGGAUCUUGAAAUUCAAUUUCUGGCAUUUGGGUGAUUGGCUGAAAGUGGUGGUCGACGACCGGUUGCCCACAUUUGACAAUCACCUCAUCUUCAGUUCCAGUCGUAGUCCUCAAGUGUUUUGGGCUUACGCAAAGCUUUACGGCUCUUAUGAAGCAAUGGCUGCCAACGCGUGUCUAACGUAUGCGUUGAUGGAUAUGACCGGCGCUACCGUAGAGACGAUUCCACUUGAAAGCGACGGCAAAGAACGGGAACAGUUCAGAAUGUUAAGCGAAGAACUUGAUAAAAGUGCUCUCAUUUGUGUCAAAAGCAAAGAAUCCAUUCCUCACAACACCUAUGGUUUAGUCAAUGACUCCAUUUAUAUCAUAAAGAAUAUCAAAAAGCCUUUGAGCGGAAGUUUUCGUAAAACAUUCUCCAAAGACAGGGACAGAGAAAGUGCUUCCAUUCGUAUUAUGUCUACCAUUGCUUCCAAUCAGAAGAAG